AUGCACUACUGGCGAGGAGUCAUCACACAUGUCAGCUUCCUGCUGGCUCAGCCAAUUUACCUAGCUAUUCGAUGCUUCGUCGACACCACAGAUUUCACGUCAAGGUCAAGCAUAAGCUGGUUUCUUCACGGUGUGGCAUGGCUGUACAUAGUCACCCAGGUCAGUAUCCCUUUCUUCAAGAAUCCACUACGUCGGCUGCCGUCUCCGCCGAAUGAGAGGUUUCUCCUUUGCCAUCUGAAUUUCAAUGGGGGCAAACCCUUCACGACCAUCUAUGAAGACAUAAUCAAUAAUACACCUAACGAUGGUAUUGUCGUGCUCUGGGGCCCGUUAUAUCUCCAAUGCGAGAUUAUCGCAACACAACCAGAAACGCUCAUGGACGUGCUGAACACGCACAAUUAUGAUUGGGAGAAGCCGAAGCUGAUCAGGAAAUCCCUUAUCUCAAUACUGGGAGAAGGCCUGAUCAACGUCGAAGGCUCCAAACACAAAGCCAUGCGACGUGUCGUAGCACCCUCUUUCUCUGGCCGCCAGGUCCGCGAACUAGCGCCGUUGUUCUGCGCCAGUGGCGCCGCUCUCAGGGAAGUUCUAGCGCAUGAGGCAACGCACCACCAUGGAGGGAUUGUGGAAGUGGCAUCCCCGAUAUCACGCGUCACUCUCGAUAUCAUCGGUGCCGCCGGCGUUGGGAUGAAUUUCAGAGCACUGGAGAAGGAGGACUCGAAACUUGCAAAGCUCUAUAGGGAGACCUCGCAGCCGCCCGCCUUCUUCCUGCUCGUUGAUACUUUCAUCCCGAAGUGGUUCAUCCGACGGGUUCCAUGGGGCGGCUUUGCGAGAAUCAUGAAUGGUCAAGUGCAGCUCUGGCAGGAGAUGCGCGUUAUCCUGCAGCAGAAAAAGGGGCGUAUGAACCAGGAGAAAACGGAGCAGCACGGCAAGGAUAUCAUUGCACAUAUCAUGCAGUCGGGUGAUUUCUCGGACGAUUACCUCAUUAGUCAACUACUCACCUUUCUCGCCGCUGGUCAUUCCACAACAGCGUCAGCCCUGGCGUGGGCACUGUGGCUUCUGUCACAAAACCCUGAGAUCCAAGAUCGUCUCCACAGUGAGUGCAGCACAACACUAGGAAACAAGGAUAUGACCGAACUCGACGCCUCGACAUUCGAUUCGGAGAAAAUGCCCUUCCUGACCGCCGUCUGCAACGAGACCCUGCGCGUCUAUCCCUCUGCGCCCAACACGGUCCGCGAGGCAGUCGUGUCCACAACGGUCGGCGGCGUACCUAUCCCGAAAGGCACGACUGUAUCAAUCCCCCCAUGGGCCAUCAACCGUAGCCGAGUCCUCUGGGGCGCCGACGCCGCCGAAUUUGUCCCGGACCGUUGGUUGCAUGGUCCCAACGCUGCGACAGGAGGUGCGCAGAGCCCGCUCGCGUAUGCCACCUUUCUGCAUGGUCCGAGGAGCUGUAUUGGCAAGAGCUUCGCUCUGCUGGAGAUGAAGUGCUUGCUCGCCCCGUUGGUCGCGAGGUUCAGAUUCGAGCCUGCAUACCCGGGCCAGACCGUGGAGAUGGCUGGGUUUUUGACUAUCAAGCCCAAAGGGGGCUUGAGGUUGAGAGUGUGUGACCUUAGAAAUGUGGAGUGCAAGGCGACGAGUGCUAUUCAGGAGACAUUGUGA